UUAACCAGUUUAAAAGUGUCUCUGGAAAGAAGCAGGAGUUAAGAUUAUUUAUAAGGAAAGCAGCACUUGCUUACUUGCCAUGUCCCUUAAGCUGGCAGAAAUUACAUCUGUGGAAGAAGAACUGGUUUGCUGGGGAAACGGGGCACUGGGUCAGUGCGGCCAUGGAAACAGAACAGACAAUGAAGCUAAAGAUGGCUUUCUGGGAGCAUUUGUAUCUAAAAAACUGGGGAGAGUCAAGUUUUUUUCUUGUGGGUCCACUCACUCAGUUGUGGUUACAGCUGAAAACAAGAUCUUUGCUUGGGGUAAUGGAAAUAGUGGACAACUUGGAAACGGAGAAAGGGGCAUGAAAUGUGAUCCAACAGAAGUGUGUUUGUCACCAAGUAUAAAUAAUGACACCACUGGUAAAGAAAUUAUUGGGCUGGCUUGUGGUGGACGACAUACUUUUAUCUGGACAAGAGGAGGACAAGUGUACAGUUUUGGAAACAAUUUCUAUUCUCAGUUGGGUUAUGACUUCAUGGAAGAGAACUUUAAAGAACAUCAGUUCUUCAUCUAAAACACUAUGUAAGCUGAGUGCAGGGUAAGUGCCAGACUGGAUGGACUAGCAU